ACCCAGCAUGCUCUGCGAGGACUGGGAUAAAGCUGGUUAAUAAAUUUCAAUGUAAAUCCAUGUCUACUAUGGCACUAGUCGGAGAGAUACACGUGGUUCCAAGCGGGAAAGUUUACAGGCAGAUCUUCGACGCAGAGGUCCAGCUUGUGCGAUCUCUUGGCGAAACACGUAGUAGGGUGCUGCAACAUGGGACCUUCUUGGACAGUGGGAAGUUAUCUGCUAGCAGAGAGGGACGUACACAGACAGCUGGGCUCCUGUCUGAACGACAACGCACAUGGGUGGACUGUAUGCCUUAUGAUUGCAGCACUGAAAAUCCUGUUUUAAUCAGAGAAAAAGAAUCAUCUUCUAUCAAGGAAGCGCAAUUGAGUGAAGAUGCGAUUGCUGCCGGUGAAGUCAGAGGUCUUUGCGAUGUUGUUGUUGCUGAAAAGACAGAGAGUGGAAUUAUUCAACGGAUAGUUGCUAAGAGACAAGAAAGGCAUAACUCGGCAGUGUCCAACUUACAUGUGGAGUUAGCUGACAUAAGCAAGAAAACAGAGGCUCUUGUUUUGGAAGCCGGUCGGUUGAUCCAAGAACAAGUACUGAAAUCGGAUAAAAAAGUUGAUCUCUUUUUUCAGCAGAUAGAGGAGGAUCAGAAGUAUACAACUUAUACGUUAAAAAGUCUAAAUGAGACGUGGCAACAAGUGGCUGAUGAAUCUUCACUUAGAAGAUCUUGGAUCAAAAAUUUAGAGAACACCUUACUCGAUCUGGAAGAAAAACGAGCAGAUUGUAUUGCAGAAGUGCUCAGGCAAUUCACCAGGAGUUUGACUGAGAUUUGCUACCUCAUGCCAUCGGAUGCAUAUAGAAUGAUACAUAAAGAAGCCAUGAUGAUAAAUCAGGCUAUUCUGGCUAAUCGGCGGGCAAUUGCUAAACUUUGCACUAAUCUAAAGGAAGCUGACUUGAAAAGAGAGGGAGCACAGCGCCUCCGUUGGCAGGAUCUGGUAAAUUCCUGGAAGCACUUCCAAAAGCAAAGUACAAUUAAUGCAUUCAGAGAGUUUGUUAAGAAUCAGAUGUGUCAGACACCCAGUAUGUUUAAGAAAGAAUUGGAUCUUUUCGUGGUCUUGCAAGAAUCUAUUAAUGAAAAGAGAAUGCAGCACCUCUGCACAGUGGGUAACUUUGUACCCCCAAAAUGCACAAAAACCGAAGUGACCGAAUGGCUUGCAUCUUUUGAUGACUUAAACAACGAGAUACUAUCCUUGAACACACAGUUUGUAGACCGUUUACAUAGCCUACUGAAGGACGUUUCUCAAAAGUGUUUCACAGAGUCGGAAAAGUACAAGGAGCAUCUGGUAACCCUGAAUAUCUGCAGUAAGGACGAAGCGAAUAACAUAGUAACCGAUGAGCUCUGCUCACUAACAGAAAACAUCCAGGUCAAGUACAAUAAGGAGAGAGAGAUGUGGAAUGAAGCUCUUAAGACUGCAUAUAAAGAGACAGAUUUUCAAAUAGAAAAGUUAUUCACAUUCUCAAAGGAAGCCGUCCACCUAUGGGACAUGUUGGAAAUUGGCUUAAAAAAACAGGAAAACCUUAUGCAGAAAACAAUGGACAGCUGCCGUCAGAGGUUCGAUAUGGAGAACCAGGCAAGAGAAGCCGAUUUAAUAAUAAUAUUGGAAAACCUAAGAAAAGAAAACACUGCUGAACUCUUGAAAAGCACGAUGCGAAAAGCGCUGGCGUCAUUAAAGACCAUUAAAGCUGGAUACAAGACGUUCCACAUAGACCAAGUUAAUAUUGUAGAGUCCUACCCUGCUGUGGUUUUGAAAGAACUAAUGGAAUACAGCUCAACUGUGAGCAAAUAUUUUGGUGUCAAAGAGGUGUAUGGACAGGAGGUAUAUUCAGACGGUAAUAAAAAACAGACAAGUCCAGUAGACCCAUCUCAAGCUGCGGUAACCUCUCCACCUGGCGAGAUGUCCACUCUAUCCUGUGAAGAUACUACUGCAGCUAAUAUAAGUGUCGAAGGGGUAUUAAGUGAUGGACAUCAAGUGAAAAUACUUGAUUCAAGCAUAAAACAUGAAGUACAGCAUUCACAAGAAUUUACAGCAGGAACAUCUGAGCAGCUGGACACAGGACAAGUUACAAAAGAAGCUGGGGAACUGCAACAAGAGGAUACAGCUGAACUAAUGUCUCCGUCAAAGGUAGUGGAACAAGAAGAGUCCAGUAAGGACGCAUCCCUGGUAGAGGAAAGUAGCACUGAUCAGGAGACACUUGGCAGUUUCACUACCUCCAAAGGAAAUACAUAUACUAUACUGAGGUCAGCAGUAGCUAAUGACCAGGAGAAUAAUGUAUCUUUCACGGAACAGUCCGAGAUUCAAGGAGUGUUCAUGACUGAAGCAACUACAGAUGAAAGUUCCCUACAAAUGGAUGCAAUGAUCAUACCAAAGGAUGUAUUUACGAAAGCAAUGGACCAAAUUCGAUUUGGGUUUUAUGAGCACCUGGAGAACUGGUUUGAUGAAUCUGUGGCCUAUUCCUACAGUCUUGUAAUGGCAAAGAAGGAAGAGUUGGGAUCAGAGUUAAAACUGCGCAUACACCAUCACGCACCAAGGAGCAAGCGUAUAGAGAUGGAUAUCCAUAACGUCCGCGCUGCCGAACUUCAUAUCCACGCGGAGCGUGUGGAUCGUCACUGUGAAGGAGUGAAGAAAUCUCUGAAUCAGCUUAAAGACGAAAGCUUUUUGCUUAUAGAAAACAUGAAACGAGAAACACUCAACUUCCGCAGUAAAAUAUGUGACAUGGAGAGUAUAUUCCUAAAUGCCAACAAGUCUGACAAGCUCGUUACUCUAAGUAAUUCCUUGUCUUCCAUCUUGGAUAAUCAUUUAAGUGGAGUUCAGACCACAAUGCGGCAGUAUAGGCAACACUUGGAAGAGAUGCUCGGGAAGCUUCGCGAUACCAACUCUGAUUUUAUUAAUUCUUUAAAAUUAUUCUCAGAUGGUGGAAACUUUUCUCCUGAAGAGGUUGAAACGUAUCGUAAAAAGUUGCACAAAUCAUCAAAGAUCAUUGCCUCUUUUGAGGAGUCUAUUAUGGUGGAUCUGGAUAGCUUGGAAUCUGUGUGCUUAGAACAGGCCAAAGAUGUCGUCAAAAAGUUUGAAGACAAGUUUCAUGUAUUAACUACAGACAUGAUAUUUCUAGAAAACAUCCAGAAAAUGCUAACUAACCUGCAAGUAAAAAUCAAAGGACUGGUUGUUAACAGCAAUUUGCAAAUACAGCAGAUCAAUUCUUACCUCGACCAACUUGAGAAGAAAACGGAUGCCUGCGCACAUCCAAAUUUGGAUAAAGAGGCAGUAACCAGCGAAGCGCUGUAUAUGUUUGCUAAAACCGUAAUGGAUGAAAUGAAGAAAAGAAGCUUAUAUCUGUCAUGUCUUUUGGAGCCAAGGUCUGUUAUUUCUGAAACUCUCUUACAAGGCCCUAUAGCAGCAGCAGCGCGGGUAGAGACGCCUCUGCGCCAAGAAAGCAGACUGACUUUAGGAACUCCUGACAGUUUGCUAAAUCCCAGCAGAAUCGGAAAACACAUUCAAGAUGACGUUGCUGUGGGCGUUAUCAAGAACAUCAUGAAAUCACAAAAAACAGGAGACUCACUGCUUGAUCCUGAUGAUGGAAGUAAACAUCAGCCUGUCACAGGAGUGUCACGGCCGAAUGUUCCCAUAGCUCCACAUCCACCAUCUCCGCCUGUUAGUGGCCGCUCAAGCAAAAGAAAAGGCACCAAGAGAGAUCUGGAUACGUCCACCCCAAAAUUUGUUACUUUGAGUGUCCGGAAGCUUGCAAAGCCAACCAGAUUUGACAAGAAAUACCAGGUGUUUGGGGAGAAGAAAGAGGAGUCUGACAAUUUUAAGGGAAUGGUGACUGCACUUUUGUGGGAUAGCAAUGAAGCGCUACUGUAUAUGGCUGAGGAAUUCUACAAACGAAAGGAUAGACGUUCUAUAGGCCGACACGACCUCCUUCAAGAUACCUUUGAGGAAUGUGCAGAUGUUAUGGUGCAAAAACUUCAAACAUAUGAAAAGCAAGCCUUGGAAUAUCAUAACAACUGUUUGCUGGAGUUUAGGGAGCAACUGGAGCAGUUUGAGAAGCUUGUAAGCCAUGUCCCACCGCUUGUCAUUGAGAACCUAAGGGGACAGCACUGGGAGAGUCUACAAUCUGCUACGUACCAGAUCAGACAAGCCUUCACUGUGGAACUCAACAAAUGGGAGCUUAUUAAGGAGGAGAAGAAGAGCUUGCUGCGACCAAGUCUGGGACACCCUGAAUUCAGACAGGUGUUGGAGGAUGUGUGCAAACAAGAAGAGCUAAGGCAGAAAGAGGAGAUUAAAGAAAUUGAGCACAAUGCACAAAGCUUACAGGAUUGUGUUUCCACAUUCUUGAAGAGCUUCAUUAAAUCACUGGCCUCCCUUACUGAGAAAAUACUGUUAGAAAUGGACGAGAUAACUACUGUGGAUGAUGUCACACAAGGCAGGACUGAGAAACCUAAAGAAAAGCUAUCAGUAUUGAUCAGACGCAAGCAAGCUGGACUCCCGUUGGAAAACACAGAUUAUCAACCAUUAAUUGAAAGGGGCAGCAGGGUGUGGUCAGGUAUCAUUCACCUUAAAUCUACAGAGGCAAGUCACAGAGACAGCACGAGUUGCCUAGCAACAGCAUCAGUGACAACAGCCAAAAUAACUCUCAGCCAUAUCUCUGCAGUGGAAGCUCGGGAUUCUGCUUACAAAAAAUUCCUUCAGGAUACUGAGACAGAAAUAAAUAAUAUCAGAGAGGAGAGAAAACAGCAGCUCCUUGCAUCUCAGCGCUGGGGAGACUGGUGGCAAAAAUCCAUUUGUAAAAUAAAAGAACUGUAUGUGUGACAGCAGAAGGAUGAUCUACCUCUAAAAUAAGAAGAAAAAAAAUGUUCCAGUGUACUUAAAAAAUAUAAAAUAAUAAAAAUGUGCAGAUUUG